AUGCGAACCCAUCAUGCGAAUUCGGUGGCGCCGCGUGAAAUCGCCAUCACACACGAGCAAUUUUUGUCGCCGAUCACGUCGCGAUCGGAGCGAUUCGCGAUAUGCGAGAAAUGUGUUGCCGAGCACGAGACGCUUCGUCGUCGUGCGAGCUCAGCAGAAGAGUUGACCGAAAGCGCGCUUCGCAGCGCGUUGGAUAGUCUCAACACGAGUGUGCGAUAUGUGAAAGACUGGGAUAUUGACGAGGAGUCGUCGCCGCAUUCAGUGUACGCUUCGCAUGUCACCGAAAUCGUAGAGAUUGACGAUGCUGCUGAGAUUCAGAACGAGCCGUCGGCGUCGGUGCGAGCUGAAGAAAAAGAAGAAGAAGAAGAAAAAACAAAUAACGCGGUGGUUCCGAAAAUUUACGACCCCGAUAAUUAUAAGCGAGAGAUUGAUGAUGAGCCUAGGACGGCGAACUUUGUUCUAUCGGGUGAUGGGCAAUUCAAGCAUCAGCCGAUAAUAAGCCCUAGUGGGGUGAUUCGGGUGGUCGGUGGGAGCCCGCCACUUGUGAGAUCGCGACCGCCCGUGAAACGCCGUCACUCUUCAUGCGCCACAUUGACCUUCUACGAAGAGGAUCGGCCUAAAUGGUACCUUGGCGACGCUGCAGUAGACGAACCCGACGAGCCAGUGGUACUAGGCGAAGAGGUCAAGCCGGUAGUGCGAAUUGUUGAGGACACUGAACCGGAAAACUUUGUCUCGAUUCUAUGCCUUCCGCUCAAAAAGCUGCUGAAAAUGUGCAGACGCGCAGAAGAGCUCGGUGAAGCCGGUGAUAGUGUUGCUGAGGUGAAACGAACAUCGUCGGGCGGUCGUGGACGAUUGGCGCGACGAAUGACAAUCGAAGAAGAGCACGCCGGCGAUUAUUUCAAUGAGUUUUCUGCCAAAACGGGAGCGUUCGCUGCACGACCGACUAUCGCUGACGAGACUCGCGAGCCCGAGUCCGAGCCGCACGAGUUCGUUGUCGUCGAGCCGAAGAAGAAGCCCGACGUGAAGCCGCCGCUUCAUUCGGUUGCCGGUUGUUUGACAUCGUCAAAAUCGUCGUUUCGCGAACUAUUCGCGUACGGAAUUCCCGGACAAGCCGAUCCGAAAGCGGAAAGCAAUUGGGAGGACGCCGACGCGCCGAAAAUGUUGAGAAACUCGACCGACGACGCUUUUCAGCAGGAGCUUGAAGCUUCUGCUUACGACAAGUAA